AUGAAGGAAGAGCUUUUAAUUCAAUAUUUCUAUGAAGGACUACUUCCAUUGGAGAGACAAAUGUUUGAUGCUUCAGCGGGAGGUGCUUUGGUUGACAAAACACCAGUUGCUGCGAAGAUCUUAAUAGCAAACCGAGCUUUGAAUGCACAACAAUACGAAGGAGUUGGAGGGAGAGAUCAUACACGGCCAAGUCCAGUUAAUGAGGUAAGUGCUAUUUCGGAACUUCAAUCUCAAAUGGCUAAUCUCUCUACUCUUAUUUCGCAAGUUGUUGAAGGAUCCAAAGUGCAAAGUACAGCCACUUGUAGCGUGUGCUCUAUGCAUGGACACCCCACUGAUCAAUGUCCUCAAUUAAUAGAGAAUGGGGGAUGGGAAAGUGCCAAUGCCGUAGGUUAUCAAGGCCAAAAUCAACCUAGGUAUGACCCAUUUUCAAACACCUACAAUCCGGGCUGGAGAGAUCAUCCAAAUUUGAAGUGGAGGGAGCCUCAACAACAACAAGGCGGAUAUAGACAGCCACCUCCGGGGCUCUAUCAAAGGCCGUUCGCACCAGCACAACAUCAACCACAAACUGCCCAAUCAAAUUCAGGUUCGCCAUUGGAUAAUGAUAAAAUGCUUCAAGUACUAACUUCUUUGACUCAGGGUUUACAAAAUCAAGCCAAAGAGAUGAGCGAAGUGAAGAAGCAAAUUGGGCAGAUGGCGAAAUUCAUGGGACAGUUUAGAGAAGAAGGCAAACUACCUAGCUCAACCAUUGUCAAUCCAAAAGGAGGUUUUGAGACGGCUAAAGCUAUCAUCUUGAGGAGUGGUAAAGAGAUUGGAACUAAUCCCAAAAUGUCCAAACAAAGCUCAAAAGAGAACGAAAAGUUGCUGCUCAAAGAGAAGGAGGUGGACAAAGCCACGACAAGGGAGGAACAACCCUUGCUGCAGUCCCCCAAAGCUCCUACACAACCAAACUCAGGUAAGGUUGUUCCAAAUUCAACUUAUUCUAACCCUAUCCCACCAAAUGUGCCUUUCCCUCGCAGGUUUAUGCAAUCUAAGAAAGAAGAGAAUGAAAAGACAUCUUAG